GCCCGGGCCUUCGCGGAUGACAUCCUCGCGGCAACGCCUUCUCUCUUCGAGUCCGCGCCGAUCCUGGGCCCCGAACGGGGCCACGAGGCCUGCGACAAAGCCUUGGCGAAGGUCCUCGAUCGCGCCAUCUGGCGGGGCGCUGCCAGCGGGGGCUUAUUUUUGACGACGCUCGCCUACACCGUGUGCCGCUCUUCCGUGGUGGGCUUCCUGAUGCACUCGGAUGCUUUGCCCCCGCGCUGGGCGUCCGUCGAGGCAGAAGCUUUCCAGCUUCUUGUGCCGGGCUCCAGUCAGUGGGUGUGCCUCGACGACCUCCGCCAAGUGCGCGCGCUGGGAUUCCCGCGCGGCUUCGACGAUCUUCAUGUCCGUUGCCGGGCGGCGCAGCUUCGCGUGGCCACCAUGGAGAACAGCGCAGCCGGAGGCCGCUUUGGCUUGCCAGGGUGCAUGUUCGGCUGCUCGCCCAUCGCAGAGGACAGCAUCGAGCACUACGCCAACUGCCAGAUCGGCCGUUCGAUCAUCGCGAGGGAGCUCGGCCUACAACGACCCGACCGCCCUGCAGACCGGCUGGCAAGUUUCUUGGGCUUUGAUCUCGGGCCGAGAUCGGAUGAGUCGGCCGUCGUGCUACGCGGCAUCAGGUUGGCGGCCAUGCACCGCGUGCACUGCCACUGCCGGCGCGGUGCGUUGAGGAGAGGGCACUCCGCGAGGGAGGCGCUGCCGCAGGCCUGCCGCGAGGUUGUCAGGGGCCACCGGCGCGCGGGCACCGUGUGCGACGAGGCGCAGGCGCGGUGGCGGCGAGAUGAGUCCCUGAG